AUGAUUUCUACCAAACACCGACUUUCGGCCUCUUCAGAAAGAUCUUCUAAUAGGAGACGCUCCUCAAACGGGGACACUUUGCGGCGGGGAAGCGAGUCUUCUGCUGGAACAAAAAAGGUCUGUCUCGAAGGCGAUAUUGUCAGAGGUAAUGGGUCUUACAUGGAACGUGCAGGUUCGGAUGUUGGUCCGAUUUCCAGAACUCGAGGCGUAAGCGGUGAUCUUCAAGGCCAGGGUGAGGCUGCGAGGUCGAACCGAUCGCUCAGUGAGUCUCCAGUUUCCGGCAAACCCCGAAAAUCUUUUACAAAAACGGCAGGAGAAAUGGAGAAGAAAUCGAUGCUUUUGCUGAAAAAUGAGUUUGACGGUGUUGAGGAUUCCGAAGUUUUUUCCGACGAAAGCCCCACGGAUGCAGGUGGAUCGGAUUCUGAAAACGGAUUAUCGCCGUCAGAACAACUUCGCCAAUUUCUUGAGUCUAAGCUGCCUCUUUCUCCGGAACAGUGCGACUUAGCUUUUUAUUUGGCGGAGUCAUCUGGGGACCAGGCCAUACUGAGUGCGCUGAAGAAAAAGAUUGAAAUCGACUUCAGAAACCUCUCUCUGGGAUUUGCAAAUGCAAGGGUAUCAAGGAUUGAUGAGUUGAUCAAAGUCAUCGACCAAUCAAUAGCUGAAGUCCAGACUAAUUAUAAUGCAUACAAAAAACACGUUGAACUGAAAAGUCCAAAGCCUGACCGAGAACUGGCCAUUGAGAAGUCUAGAGCAAAAGGAUCUGCCGUCGAAGACAAAUCCCAGCCGCUGCCACCACCAAUCGAGGAUGUUCCUGUGUUCAGAAAAACGUUCCAAAAAGCACAGGAGCCAUUAAAAAAACUCAUAACAGCUUCUCGGGUGGAAUACGACUACAAGCUCAAGCUGAUCGAAAUGGAUACAGAGCAAAGGCGUGUGAUAUGGCAACAGUACUGGAAAGAAAUAGCGGAUGCAAGAGAGAAAAUGAUAGACGAAAUAUCGUCGACUCAAGCUGAAAUGCGGAACGAGUUUGUUGGCUUGAAUAAAAGCUCGUUGGAGAACUUAGAUGAAAAGAAUUACCGGAAAUCCUUGAAGGUGGUUGGUAAUGUCUCGAACGAAACUGAGGUCUCUACCAUCAGAGCCCAGGUCGCUGCAAGGGUAGCUAGGAGCAGAAAUGUUGGAAUAUAUGAUCGAGUUCGUUAUGGAGAGAUUGAGAAAUCUUCAGAUGUUUUUGCAGAUCGCAGCUCACGUGAAGAUCUAGAGCUGAUCAAUGAUCUACGAGAAGGUUUCAGCCAGGCAGAUGGUCCUGUUCCACCUCCACCCUCCAGGCUCAUGGACUUGAUAGAGGCUUCAACACAUGAUCCCAGUGUGAGUCCACUUGCCGGAUUUUCGGAUUUCGUUCACGAAAUAACCAAAGCUCAGCAGGAACAGAUCCAGCAAGUUCAGCCUAUGGUCUAUUCGCCGGCGGAUCUCCCGAAUGCUGUUCCCGUUCAUCCCAUGAUCCAGGUGCCAGCAAUACAGCCCUUAUAUGUGUCAGAUGGGCUCAUGUACGCAUCUCUGGUGGCUCCACAGAUUGCUUCCCCACACCCUGCUUUAUAUCCCGUGGGCAUGCUCCCCAAGAACGACUGGGAGAAAGGGCAGUACAUGAACACAUUCUCGGUGUACGAUGAAAGCACACACACUUCGAACGACAUCAACGCUGUUUAA